AUGGGAUCACAUCUUUCAUUGAUGGCCCCAACGGCUCCGUCGAUUGCAGUUUCUGCCUACGUUGAUGUGUUGGAUCAAAUUCAAUAUCUUCAAGAGUUGGGUACUUCAAGAUUCCUCAAGACGGUUAAAGCAAAUGAUACGGAUGGCUCAAUUGUGAUUAAAGUGUUUAUUAAACCAGAUGAUAACCUGGAACUUUCACAAUGGCGCAAGGUGCUUGACGAACAGAAGGCAAAAUUGAUUGAUAUCCCCAGUGUAUUACCAUAUCUAAAGAUCAUUGAAACUGACAGGGCUGGUUACCUUAUACGGCAAUUCAUCAAGACAAAUAUAUAUGAUAGAAUAAGUACAAGACCUUUUUUGGAGGAUGUUGAAAAGAAAUGGAUGAUUUUUCAAUUGUUAAAUACCUUAAAUGAGUGUCAUGAACAAGGUAUAACUCAUGGUGAUAUAAAGACUGAAAAUAUAUUGGUUACAACUUGGAACUGGAUACUAUUAAGUGAUUUUGCACCUUUCAAGCCAGUAUAUUUACCAGAGGAUAAUCCGGGAAGUUUUUCAUUCUUUUUUGAUACAUCACAAAGAAGAACUUGUUAUUUGGCUCCAGAAAGAUUUUUAAAUAAUGCUGAUUAUACACCAGAAUUGAACAAUGAUGCAAAGAUCACAAAUGAGAUGGAUAUUUUCAGUUUGGGAUGUGCCAUAGCUGAGAUCUAUUUAGAAGGUACACCAAUAUUUUCACUCGCACAAUUAUACAAAUAUAAAAGAGGUGAAUUCAUCCCUGAUUUAGCAGGUAUUGAUGAUGUUCAUAUUAGAGAGUUGGUGGAAAGUAUGAUCAGCUUAAAUCCUGCUCAUAGAUUAUCAGCAAAGGAGUAUUUGGAAAAAUACAGAAGACUGGCGUUUCCGGAAAAUUUUUACACUUUCAUUUAUGAAUAUUUCAAAAGUUUUAAUGAAGAUAUCGUUCCGUUCCAUUCUACUGGAAGGGUAUAUGAAUGUGAUUCAAGAAUUAACCGUCUUUAUAAUGACUUUGAUAAAAUCUCUUAUUUUCUGGGAUACAAGUAUGAUGUUACUGAGGAAGAUGAAAUGGAUAAUGAUGAAAAGAUAAGGAAUGGCUCAUUGGUUCCAAUUAGAUUAUCCUUACCUGGAAUACCCAAGAACUAUUCACUAAAGUCUACAUCAAAAGUUGUUGGUGGCACUGAUGACUCAGCAUUGAUUAUAUUAAGUUUUAUAUUCACUUCAAUGAGAAAUGUUCGUCAAGAGGCAUCCAAAAUUCAAGCAUUAGAAUUGAUACUAGCAUUAUCUGAAAGAAUACAUGAUGAGGCAAAGCUAGACCGGGUGUUACCUUAUGUGAUUGUGUUAUUUACAGACUCAUCUAUUAAUGUUCAAGCUGCUGCAUUGAAAAGUCUAACUCAAUUAUUACUCCUAGUUGAUGCUAUUGGUCCUGUGAACGUGCUACUAUUUUCAGAAUACAUUAUUCCACGUCUAUCCAAUUUGCUUUCAAAUGCUUCCCCUUACCUUAGAAUGGUAUUUGCUAGUUGUCUACCAUAUUUAGCUCAAACUUCAUUAAGAUUCCAUGAUAUGGCAACAAUACUAAAAACAACUAAUGACGGGUUUAAUACUGCAGGCAUGUUUGAUGUUUCUAAAGAAAGUUUGAUAUCUGACUUUGAAACAUUUGCAAUUUCAAUGUUGACUGACCCUGAAGCAAAUGUUAAAGUUGCAUUGCUCAGAAAUAUUUUACCUUUAUGCUCGUUUUUUGGAAAGGAGAAGACAAAUGAUUUGAUUUUGAGUCAUUUGAUCACAUAUCUCAAUGAUAAAAGCUCAUUUUUAAGAAUAUCAUUCGUUGAGGCUGUUGUUGGUUUAUCAAUAUAUGUGGGUACCACUAGUUUGGAACACUACAUUUUACCAUUGUUGGUUCAAACUUUGACAGACCCUGAAGAGCUUGUUGUUAUUAAGGUGUUGCAAAUUUUUCAAGAUUUAAGUAAACUUGGAUUAAUCAAAAAAGAUUAUAUCUGGGAUUUACUAUCAACUGUUUCCAAGCUAUUAUUACAUCCAAAUGAAUGGAUCAAGCAGUCAACACUAUCAUUAAUAAUCACCAUUGCUGAUACGCUUACACUCACAGAUCUUUAUUGCAUGCUUUACCCUAUUAUCAGACCGUAUAUUGAUUAUGAUGUUACAGAUUUUUCGUGGGAUACAUUGUUUUCGGUCUGUAAGCGUUCCGUUUCACGUUCUGUUUAUAAUUUAGCAUGUACAUGGUCGCUAAGAGCUGAAAACACGUUAUUUUGGCAACAAGUGAAAAGUCCACAUACAGAUGCAUUUGGUAAUAGGGGACUUGAUUUUUUGAGCAAACCAAUACCUGGCAUGUCAAACUCAAAAGUUUCUGCUGGUAAUUCUAUAAUAUUCUCAAAUAUGGAAGUUCCAUUAUCAAAUGAAGAUAAAGGGUGGGUCGAUAGAUUGAUGUCCUCAGGCUUGAAUGGACAAGAAUUGUGGAAAAUUGCUGAUCUACGUGAAUAUAUAUAUAGAGUUUCACGUCUUACAACAAGAACUGGAAGCAGAGAUUUUGAAGAAAGGAAUGGGGUCGAGAUUCAACAACUUGGUGUCCUCCCUAGAAACGUCUUUUUUGACUCUAAAUUACAUUCAGAGGUGCUUGUUACACCACCUAUUGAUGAAAUUAGUACAAACAGUCCAAUACCAUCAAUUGAUGAUCGCCUGACAAUAGAUGCUGCACCUGACCCGAACAUCAUAUCCUCUACUGUUACAAAUAGCUACACAGGUAAUGAUCCUUAUGUGGUAAGAUUCCUCAAUAAUGUCAAAAUUGAGCCAUCAUUAGAAGAAUUUCCUGAAUUCAAUCAGCCAAUUCCUCAAGCUCAAUUUAAUGUAUCCAUUUCUAGAUCAUGGUCACCAAAGGGAGAUUUGAUUUCUCACUUGAAAGAACACAAGUCUGGUAUUAGUACCAUUGAUGUCUCUCCAGAUCAUAACUUUUUCAUUACGGGGGAUGAUGAUGGUCAAUUAAAAGUGUGGGAUACAAUGAGAUUGGAGAGAAAUGUUACACAAUCGUCUGCCUUAUCUGUUGACCUUGAAAGUCCAAUCGUUAAAAUCAAGUUCUUGUCAACCCAUUACAGUUUUGCUGUUGCUUUGAAAGAUGGUUCAAUAAAGGUGAUUAAGAUCAACUUUAAGAAAAGUAAGAGACAGCAUACCGUCAUGGACAGCUUUACUGUUAUAAGAGAGACGAAAUUGGAAAAUGAAUACGCUACUGAUUUAUUAUUUGGACAGAAAGAUCAAAAACAUGUUUUAUAUCUUGUUACAUCAGCUUCGUCAAUUAUUGCUAUGGAUAUACGUGUUAUGGAGACUAUUUUUAAGCUGGAAGAAAACCCGUCACAUGGCAACUUGACCUGUUUCACGGUAAGCAGGGAUAAUAGUUGGUUAGUAAUUGGUACAUCAAGAGGUAUUUUGAGCUUAUGGGAUUUAAGAUUCAGGUUACAUCUAAAGUCAUGGAAGUUCAAAUCAGGUUAUCCAAUCAAGAAAGUUAUCAGUUGUUCAGAUGAUUACCAUUUGAAUAGAAAAAAGGGUAGAUAUGUGACGGUUAUUGGUGGUACUGGUGAUUCAGAUGCUACUAUAUGGGAUAUAAGCACUGGUAUUUGUCGUGAAGUUUUCACCAGAUCUGCUGAAAAUAACAAUUUGGACAAAUUCAAUCUUGUUGAGCUCAAUGAUGGUAAAGCGGUGGAGAGUGAAAUUCUCAAAGGAUUUUCAAACUUGGAACUUGAUAACAUUCAAAAGGACUAUUCAUUUACAGCACUACAACUUAUUGAAAAGCAUAUAGACCAUAGAAGGAAGUUUUGGAUUUUAACUGCUUCACCAGCUUUUGAAAUGGUAUUAUGGAAUGUCCAUCAUCCUGAAGAUUCAAGAAUGCUAAGUAACAAUUCAACAAAUAACCAGCAGGGCAAACCAACAUAUUCAACAUCACAAAUUAAUCCAAACUUGAGAAUUAUAACUGAAAGAUAUCCAACUGAACCAGAGACUGGAUCCAAAGAUGCAAAAUCAAAAAAGAAGAGAGGUAAAGGAUCGCUGUUGACCGAAGCCCAAGAGGAACUAAUGAAACGACAUCACGAUAUCAUAACGGACUUUGUUCUUGUGCUGAAACCUUAUGAGAUGAUAGUCUCGGUUGAUAGAUCAGGUGUUAUCAAUGUGUAUAAGUGA